GCAACGCGGGUCGGGUUCAUUGGUCUCGGGGCCAUGGGCCUUGGUAUGGCAGGCAAUCUUUUGGCCAAGUCCCGCUACCUUGUCCGAGGCUACGAUGUCUACCCGCCCAGUGUGCAUAAAUUUGUGAGCCAGGGGGGCGGUGAUGCUAAAUCCGCCAAGGAUGUUGCAGAGAACAGCGAGUUGUUGGUCUGCAUGGUGACCAAUGCACAGCAAAUUGAGAGCGUUCUGUUCAAUGAGCAGGAUGGUGCCCUGCAAGGGCUAUCAAAUGGUGCGGCAAUUCUCAUCUGCUCAACAGUGAGCCCUACUUUUCAUGAGACCCUUCAGUCUCGCUUUACCCAAGCCGGGAGGUCAGAUAUCCUUCUAGUCGACUGUCCCGUCUCUGGGGGCACAAAGCGCGCCGCGGAUGGCACCUUGUCCAUUUUCGCGUCUGGAACAGCUGAAGCUCUGGCUAAAGCUGACGAGAUACUACACGACAUGUCUCAAAAUUUAUACAUCAUUCCUGGCGGUCUCGGCGCAGCCAGCAAGGUUAAGAUGGUCAACCAGCUUCUUGUGGGAACCCACAUCGCCGCUGCUGCCGAGGCCAUGGGUCUCGCCACAAAGGCUGGGUUGGAUACCCGCGAAGUCUACAAAAUCAUCACAAAUGCUGCCGGUAGCUCGUGGGCCUUUGAGAACCGCGUACCGCACAUGCUCGACGGAGACUGGACGCCUUAUUCGGCGCUGGAUAUUUUUGUUAAGGAUAUGGGAAUUGUAGUUUCAACAGCUCGCAGUCUGCAAUUCCCUGUCCCUUUGGCGUCAGUAGCGGAGCAGUUGUACAUCUCUGGGUCUUCCCAGGGUUACGGAAGGGAAGAUGACGCCGGCCUCGUCCGAAUUUUCCUUCCUGAAAAUCCCAAUGGCGUUCAGAUGAGCGCUAACCGAGCACCUCCGCAAACAAACUUGACGCCAGGUAGCACCCCGCUAGAGAUCUCCAAGAUUGGCAUGAUCGGACUAGGAGCCAUGGGCCAAGGUAUUGCAUCGUCACUGCUCCGGGCUGGGUACUCCGUCCACGGUUAUGAUGUCGUCGAGCGCGCCAUCGACAAGUUCCUGACGAACACUGGCAAAGCGGCCAAGGCUAGCUCUCCUGUCGAGGCAAUAGUCGGGGCGGAGCUUGUCGUCAUUAUGGUUCAAAACGCGGCGCAGGUUGAUGAUCUGCUGUUUGGGUCUGGGAAGGGAGCCGAGUCCCUACUACCAGGCGCAAUUGUGAUUCUCAACUCCACCGUCCCCCCUUCAUAUGUUAAGAGCUUGGCGAAGCGGCUGGAAGGUUUGGAGAAGGGAAUAUCCUUGAUUGAUGCUCCUGUCAGCGGAGGAGUCGCCAGAGCCGCAAAUGGAACUCUAACGGUAAUCUGCUCGGGAGAUGAUGCUGUGAUCUCGAAAACCCUAAGUCCUCUACUUGCAAUCACAGGUGUUGCCAGCAACCUGUGCCAUGUUCAAGGAGGCGUCGGUGCUGCUUCUUCAGUCAAGCUCAUCAACCAGCUACUCGCGGGUGUUCACAUCGCCGUUGCAGCAGAGGCAAUGGCAUUCGCUGCCCGUCUUGGCCUCGACACGCGGUCGCUUUUCGAAACCCUCAAAAGUGCCGCCGCUUGGAGCUGGAUGUUUGAGAACCGAGUUCCCCAGAUGCUUGAUGCCGACUGGACAGCUCACUCAGCCUUGGCCAUCUUUGUCAAGGAUCUGGGAAUCGUGCUGGACGAGGCCAGAAAUUGCCUCUACCCAGCACCACUUUCGGCUGCGGCUCACACCCUAUAUAUCUCCGGCGCGGCGCGCGGCCUGUCACACCAAUCCGAUGCCGGAGUUGUCCGUUUCUAUGAGUCGAUGACGGGUAUUACAGUUGCCGAGCAGGCUGGCUCUAAAGAUAAAGAGGGUUCUACUUCCACCAACGAGCCGUCUACCACUGUUGGCGUCCCGGCCAAAAAAGUGCCUGAACCGCUUCCUGCAAAACAAACUCUCGAUUCAUUACCAACCGAAUAUUCUACUGACGUCAUUACUUCAAUCCAAAACGUUGUCGACAGCAGGGAAGUACCUGUUCUAGUCGUUUUGGACGAUGAUCCCACUGGAACACAGACUUGCCAUGACAUUGACGUUUUGAUGACGUGGGACGCGCAGGCCCUGGAGUCCGAGUUUGGUCUUGACCCGAAAGGAUUUUUCAUCCUCACAAAUUCUCGUGCUCUCCCAUCCUCAGAGGCCCGGAAACUCAUUCUUGAGAUCUGCGAGAAUGUGAAGAAGGCGGCAGAGAAAACGGGAAAGUCUGUCGAAAUUGUUCUCCGUGGCGAUUCAACAUUACGUGGCCAUCUUCCCGAGGAGCCCGAGGCUGCCGAGCAGGCCUUUGGUCAGUUUGAUGGCUGGGUUAUUGCGCCCUUCUUCUUCCAGGGCGGACGAUACACCAUCGACGAUGUUCACUAUGUCAAGGAGGGAGAUGUCUUGGUGCCAGCAAGCCAAACGCCAUUUGCUCAGGAUGCUACAUUCGGUUACAAGAACUCCAAUCUGAGAGAGUAUAUCCAAGAAAAGUGCGGCUCCCGGUUCGACGACUCUUCAUUCGUCUCGGUAACUCUUGAUGAUAUCCGACUCGGUGGGCCAACGCGCGUCGCAGAGAGGCUCCUUGCCGCGUCCGCUGGGCCCAAGACCGUUUUUAUUGUCAAUGCUGCUGCCGAAUCAGACAUGCAUGUCUUCGUUUCCGGUCUGCUAAAGGCUGAAAAGGAGGGGAGACGGUAUCUUUUCCGCACCGGAGCGGCGUUUGUCUCGUCGCGACUGGGAAUAACUGGCAUUCCGCCACUUACACUUCAAGAUAUUCAAUCAUCACCCGUUGCUACUCCGCAGCCGGGCGGCUUGAUUGUCGCUGGAUCGUAUGUACCCAAAACAACGGCUCAGUUGAAAUCCCUGCGAGAGAAACGAGGGGAUCAGCUUUCUGUGAUCGAACUAGACGUCGCUGGGCUUAUCGCAUCAGCAGAGGCAGCGGAGGCGGUUACAUUAGCAGCUGCGAGCAAAGCGUCUGAGAAAAUAGCAGCGGGUCAUGAUGUUCUAGUCAUGACAUCGCGGGACUUGAUCAAAGGCCCCGAUGCACUCAGCUCGCUCAAUAUCGGUUCAAAGGUCGCCCACGCCCUGGUUCGUCUUGUGGAGGAGGUCCGCGUUCGACCACGAUAUAUUAUUGCCAAGGGAGGCAUCACGUCGUCUGAUACUGCAACCAAGGGUUUAAAAAUGAAGCGAGCAAGAGUAGUCGGCCAGGCUGCCCCAGGAGUGCCGCUCUGGAAGUGCGAUGAGGAAACGAGCCGUCAUCGGGGGGUGCCAUAUGUGGUCUUCCCUGGAAACGUGGGAAGCAAUGAGACACUCGCAGAUAUUGUAAAGGCUUGGUCAGGAGAAAAGGCCUGAAAAUCGGCCAAGUAGUAGC